AUGUCUGAUUCUGGAGAUUCAGAUCACGAAUUCGAUGGUCUACGACUAGUAAGUCCCAUAAAGCUCAUCGAAACUGGCGACACUUCGAACCGUCCACUUGAAGAUGUAAAAAAUUUUGAAGCCAAGUUCACCGGGUCGUUUCUAGAGGCAAAUCUGUUUGGAGCGUUUAAAAAUGGUGGUUUUGGUGAUCAAAUUUCUUCGGAAGACGACGAGAAAUCGACAGAUGAUAAGGAAAAGGAGGAAUUCGUAGGGCUCGAUUGGGAUGCGACGAGAAUUUUCAAAAACUUGGCGUGUCCAGAGAAUAAUCAGAGCGAAAAUUCGGUGUGCGUUCUUCGUCUACACGAUAUUCUGACUAAAUCCGCAUCAGGGACGCUGAAAAUGACUAGGCAGAUGAUAAAUUGCGGACGCCUCAUCAAUCGGUAUUCUCCCCAACAGCGUCGUGAUUUCGGCUUCGAAGAUCCUCAAAACGUGAAAAAUCUCGUUCGAAUGAUCAAAUCUCUCCGUGCAAGUACUGAGUUGAUGCUAAUCGAAAUGGAUGACCUGCAGGAGUUGAUCAACCCGAAAUUCCACACAAAAGAAGGGAAAAUCUCUAAUUAUUACCGAAAUGAUUUUUGGUUUGCCGGAAUUGCGGCCACAUUGGUGACGAUUCCGAUCGCUGUGUACGCUUAUCGUAGAUAUUUUUAA